AUGGCUUCUUUGAUUGACGCGGCUAAAGAAUUCGUUACAGAUGCAGUUGCAAGCAUAGAGAAGCCCGAAGCAAGUGUGACUGAUGUCAAUGUGAAACGUGUCAAGUUUGGUUCGGUCACAUACAAUGCUAAGGUCAAUGUUUCGAAUCCUUACAGCACACCUAUUCCAAUUGGCGAGAUACGUUACAUUCUCAAAAGCUUUGGCAGUGUGAUUGUGACAGGCGCGAUCCCUGAUCCGGGUUCACUAAAAGGAAAUGGUGACACAAUGCUAGAUGUCGAGAUUAACGUACCACAUAGUGUUUUAAUAAGCUUGCUAAAGGACAUUGUUACAGAUUGGGACAUCGAUUACGAGCUUCAAGUCAAUCUUGUUGUUGAUCUCCCCGUCAUUGGUGAGUUUAGCAUUCCAGUAACUACCAGUGGCCAGGUCAAGCUCCCUACGGUCAACAACUAUUUUACUAAACUAGAGGGGUAUCCGCGUAAUGUGGCACUGGUGGUAGUGGCGGGGUUGGUGGUCGUGGCAGUGGCAUGGUGGUGGCGGCCAAAUGUAAAAGCUUAA